CCGCCAAAGCUAAAAAAAAAAAGAAUUAAAAAAAAAUAGCCCAACCCCACAACCCAAGUUUUCCCCCACUAUCUGAACCCCAAAUUUCCCCUUUGUCUCUGUUUUGCGUUUGUGACGAUUUUGUUCACUGUUUUUUUUUUUUCUAUGACCUCAUUCGAGGCAUUCUUCGAGGGCUGGCUGGUUCGGCAAGAGCACUACUUGGACGAACUCCAAUCGGCCCAGCAGCGAGCCCAUGAAGCCCGCGACGUCGAUCUGCGAGACCUGGUCUCUCGGGUGCUGAUCCAUUACCAGCAAUACUAUGAAGAGAAAUCGAGAAUUGCGCAGAGAGAUGUGUUCCUGGUGUUUUCUCCGACUUGGUUCACUUCGCUGGAGCGGGCCCUGCUCUGGAUCGCCGGGUUCAAGCCGGGUCUGGCAUUCCGGCUGGUCUCGGACUCCGUACCCGACUUGUCCGCGGACCAGCGGGUCCGGAUGACCCGGCUCAUCGAGGAGACCCGGGUCGAGGAGCGCGCGCUGGAUGAUAAGCUGGCCAAGAUUCACGAGAGCGUGGCUGCCCCACCGUUCGUCGACGUGGCGCGUCGCCACGCGCGGUGUUUGGACGGUGAGACUGCGGAGGAGGAGGAGGCGGCGACGCGGUCGCUGAAGUCGGCAUUGGAGGGCGUGCUGGCGAAUGCGAAUUUGCUGAGGACGACUCUAGCUGCCAAGCUGGUGGAGAUGCUGAGCGGCGCUCAGGCGGUUCGGUUUUUGGUCGCGGUGGCUCAGUUUCAGCUCAAGAUUAGGAACUGGGGAUUGCAGAGGGACGCCGCCGAGAAACAGCGGCGGUCCGGCGGAGGAGGACGGCGCUAGUUCAAUUGUUUAGAAAUUGAGUCACCGUUUUUUCUUUUUGUGUUUGAGGAUUUUGAUGAAGAGCUUAUGUCAUUAGCAUAAUUUCUCAUUUGUAUAUAAUUGUUAAUUACAAUACUAAUAUGUCUCGGCCAUUUUUCUACAAAUUUCAGCAUUCCUAG